CUUCCGCCGCCUCUCGCCGCCCGGCGCGGCCCCGUUCCCCGCGCGGGGGGGGCUGCGGCUCGGCUCCCUCCGGCCCCGCGCUGCCCAUGGGGGGCAAGCAGAGCACAGCCGCCCGCUCGCGGGGCCCUUUCCCGGGGGUGUCGACGGAUGACAGCGCCGUGCCGCCGCCGGGGGGGCCGCCCCCCUUCGGCCAUUACCGGGCGGGCGGCGGCGGCGCCAUGGGGCUGCGCAGCCGCUCCGUCAGCUCGGUGGCCGGCAUGGGCAUGGACCCCGCGGCCGCCGGAGCCGUCCCCUUCGGGCUGUACGGCCGCGCGGCGGGGGAGGCCGAGCGGGCCCCGGGCGGCGGAGGGCCGGGGACCGACUCCACGUACGCCCAUGGCAACGGUUACCAGGAGACGGGAGGCGGUCACCAUAGAGACGGGAUGCUCUACCUGGGCGCCCGGGCCUCGCUGGCCGAUGCGCUGCCCCUGCACAUCGCGCCGCGCUGGUUCAGCUCGCACAGCGGUUUCAAGUGCCCCAUUUGCUCCAAAUCCGUGGCUUCUGACGAGAUGGAAAUGCACUUUAUCAUGUGUCUGAGCAAACCUCGCCUCUCCUACAACGACGACGUGCUGACCAAGGACGCCGGCGAGUGCGUGAUCUGCCUGGAGGAGCUGCUGCAGGGGGACACGAUAGCCAGGCUGCCCUGCCUCUGCAUUUAUCACAAAAGCUGUAUAGAUUCCUGGUUUGAAGUGAACAGAUCUUGCCCAGAGCAUCCUUCUGAUUGACCUGCUGGGCGUGCUUGCUGACUUCUCUCUAAGGGCACCUUGCUACCUGCUGUACCUCCUCUCCCCGUCCCACCCGCCCCACCUGGACUUUUGGGCUGACAUUGAAUUCCUCAAAGAAGACGAAAAAUCAAAAAAAAACAAAAAAAAAACCCGGAAACUUGAACCCACUCGGGACAACGGCGAUUUUUUUUAUUUUAUUUUAUUAUUUUUAUUUCUCGUCUUUUAAUUUAAAGAUUGAAAAAAAAAAAAAACAAAAAACAAAAAACAAAAAAAACGAACCGCAGCACCAAACCACGGAACAUCCAGGAGAGACAGUGUGAGAAGAGUGGAGCGACCCGCCCUGCCUCCGGCCACGAGGAGGGAUCCAGCACCGAGGGAGCCGCCGCCGUCCUCGGCCCAGCCCUGCCAUGAUGUUUGGCUUUUCUCCCCGCGUGGAGCGGCGCUGCCGGGGACCGCCGCCAAACGGAGCACGCGGCACUUCUCACCGGCACCGGGCUCGCCUGGCGCCCGCGGGCUCUGCUCGGUUUUUGCACUGACUACACGGGAAUUUCCUCCUCUCUCCCGUCUCCCUUUUGGAGAUCUCCAGCCCGGCCCCGGCAGCGCGUGACGGGGACUCUGCCCCACGCCGGGAGCGGGACCGCCGCUCUGCCCCAUAGCGGGGUCUGUCUUUCAAGUGUUUACAAGGAGAAAAAGAAAAAAGGAAAAAAAAAACAAAAACAAAAAACAAAA